AUGCCCCGCAAAGCUCUCAAAAAGCAAACACGGCUUGCUUUCGCGCCGAAGGCCGCAUCCUCCUCUGGCUAUUCGAACGAUGAAGGAAACGACAGGUUUGCCAGACUGUCCUACGGACAUCCUGACAUGGCGACGAUGCGACCCAAAAUUCCCCGCAAAAGCAUGUCCGCAUGUCCGCCCGCCCAAGAGAGCUCCUCCGCUACGACUACGUCCCGACGCAAUGGUUCUCCGGUGAUACAGAACAAGAAGGAGAGGAAAGAGAAGAAAAAGAAGGACAAAGAGAAGAAAGAAGGGAAAAAGGACAAGCUGAAAGUGGAAGAGGAAAACCUAGCACAAUCUGUGCAGAAUGAUCAGGAGGGAUCCUCAGACGACGAGAUAAUCAUACCUGGAUCUCAAAAGCGAGCACGACGUGCAGCUGCCGAUAUUGAAUUCGCUGUCAUGAAUCCCUUCAAAUCUACCCAGCAGCCACAGCCGCCCUCUGGCUCGCCCGAAAACGCCAUGUAUAUUGCUGACUCAGACGAAGAGGAGGAGAUUUCCAGACCGCGUCGCAGACUGAAGCGCAAGGCAGAACACUCUCCGGUCAUGUUGAGCGAUUCGGAGGAUUCAGAGGAGCCCAAGGCUUCUUCACCCUCAAAGAGGCGGCGCCUGGCCUCGGAUACGGAGACACCUCAAACGCCUCGUCCUAGUGCGGAUCAGAAUCAGCAAGAUAUCGAAGAUGAUGUCAGGGAUCUUCAGGAUUCGGUUGUCAAGAAAACCCGAACACGGGGUCGAGCGGUUGAGUCUGCACGAGAUAAAAGGCUGAAGCACCUGGAGACUCUUCGUCGUCGACGUGCUGGACAGAAAGAAGAAAGUGAGAAUGAGUCGGAAUCAGAAGUUGAACCGCCACAAUCCAGUCCUACGCAACACGUCUUCAAUAUACGCCGGAACGACGAGGAAGAUAGUGACGUCGAAUCAGCCAUUGCCGCCAACGAGGACCUCGACCGCUAUGAAGACGACUUCGUUUUGGAAGACACCGAAUUUGGUGUUCCUACUGAGGAGAUUCCUUUCGAAUUCACGCGUCAUGCGUACAAGAAACCAAAGGAGUACUUCCGUGACGUCGUUGCAUGGAUGGUUCACAACCGCAUAGAUCCAGCCUUUCCGCGGGAUGAUACCAUGUAUCAAAUGGCAUUCCAAAAGCUGGGGGACGAGGUCAAAGGGCGUGCAGGCUCUUCGCUUAUCUCUUCCGUGUGGUCUGCCAGAUUUCGCCAGGUGCUCCUGGCUAGACCUGAUCUCGAGGUUACGGCGUUUCCAACCGAGGCAAUGCAUUCAUGUGAUGCUUGCAAUCGAGCCGGUCACCCCGCUUCCUCCGACUUGAAGUUCUCCGGCAAGGCGUAUUCUGAGGACACAUUCGAGCCCCUGACGGACGACAGCAGUGAGGAUGACCCGUCUGAUAAUCAAAGCGACGAGUCGGGCGUAGAGCGCGACCGAGACGGGCACAUCCUGCCUGAUGAAAAAACACAUUUCUAUCUGGGCAAAACCUGCAAGGCCAAUGCCUUUAUGGCACACCUUCUUACUCACUGGCGGUACCGCCUCAAUGAAUGGGUUGUCGAUUACCUCAGACUAACGGGCCAGAUGGAUGAUUCUGAAGUCCUGCGACGCAACAAUCUGAGCCAGAAGCGCAAGACGCGGAAUGCGCUCGAGGUGAUCGACAAGAUGGCUGCGGCCGGUGAGAUUGACAAGCUCUAUCGUGAUUUCCAUAUGCAUCUUAAAGACGCCCGUCUAAAGACAUCCACCAUGGAAGAAUGA